AUGAGAGGUAGUAGUAAUGACGCUAAUAGGGAUGUAAUAGGAAUAUUCGAAAUUCCUGGCGCAUUGCCUAUAGCAGGUCAUUUACUUGAAUUGGGGGAUGAUCAUGCUACGGUUUGUGAGAAAUGGUCCCAAAAACACCAAACAUCCACCUUCCAAAUCCGUCUAGGAAACACACGAGCAGUCGUCAUCAACAGUUUCGCCGACUGCAAACGAAUGCUCAUCGGCCAUCAAUCCGCCGUCAUCGAUCGUCCAACACUCUACACUUUCCACGGAGUAAUUUCCUCCACGCAGGGUUUCACCAUCGGCUCGUCGCCGUGGGACGAGAGUUGUUCGAAAAAGCGCAAAGCCGCGGGCCAGACGUUGGGGAGAGUGGCCAUGAAGACAUAUUUGCCCAUGUUUGAUCUGGAAACGACGAGUAUUGUGCGAGAUGUGCUGCGGGAUUGUGGAGGGGGCGGCGAUAAGUGGUUGAAUGUGAGGCCGUAUUUGCAGCGGUAUGCGUUGAAUACGACGUUGACGCUGUGUUAUGGUAUUCGAAUGGAUAGUGUGUGGGAUGAGAUGCUGAGAGAGAUUUUGGAAGUCGGGAGCGCGAUUAGCUUGCUCAGGAGUGCUUCGGAGAAUUAUCAGGAUUAUAUUCCGGCCUUGAGAUAUUUGCCGAAUAAUGAAAAGACGCAGCGGAGUAAGGCUUUGCGUGGUCGUCGAGAUAAGUAUCUGGAUGAGCUUCUGAAUAAAGUGCGAGAAAUGAUCCAGCAGGGGAAAGACAGGCCUUGCGUUUCGGCAGCGAUUCUCAAGGACGAAGAGACCAAACUGUCAGGAGUCGAGGUCUCGUCCAUCUGUCUGUCUUUGGUGUCUGGAGGGUUUGAGACUAUCCCUGGUACUCUCACGAGCUGUAUUGGAUCACUUUCAACACCGGAAGGUCAAGUCUUUCAGGAAAAGGCAUACGAAGACAUCAAGCGGCACUAUCUGAGCACGGAAGACGCAUGGUUGCAGUCGCUCGAAGCAGAAGAUGUUCCCUACCUCAAUGCAAUCGUCAAGGAAGCAGGGCGAUACUACACCGUGUCGUCCAUGAGCUUGCCACGAAAAGCAGCAGCAGACAUCGAGUGGGAUAGAGCCAUCAUCCCAAAGGGCACGAUGAUACUGAUCAACGCUCAAGCUGCCAAUCACGAAAUUGAGCAUUUUGGGCCAGACGCGGGCGAAUUCAAUCCAGAAAGAUGGUUGGAGAAUGUGUCUCCUCCACGAGAGCGUCCUUCAGUAGGUCUGCAACACUUGUCAUUUGGGGCCGGUUCACGUGCAUGCUCUGGACAGUUCAUCGCCAACAGGUUGCUGUAUACUGCGCUUCUGCGCAUUAUCGCAAGCUUCAAGAUUGUGGCGUCAAAGGAAGAACCUCCAAACACUGACUACGUGGAUUACAACCUGCUGAAGUCAGCUUUGGUAGCGAUUCCACGAGAUUUCAAGGUAAAGUUCAUCCCUAGAAAUCCGGAAGAGCUGGCCACAUGCUUGAGUAAAGCCGAGGAACGGACCAAGGAUGCAUAUAGCACUUAG